GUUUUGUUGUUCUUUUUAAAGCAUUUGUUAUUCAUAGAUAUAUUCUUUUAAUUCUAUAUUUGUUUUUUAUAAUGUUAUACAUGUUUUCCCCAAAGACAUCGAGAUCUAGAGCUGGAAGGAAUCUCGGCAGGAUUGAUCCCCCAGGUCCUUUUAUUCUAGAGACAGUGCUCUUAAUACCAUACCACCAUAUUUUAUUGUUUUCCAUCUCUACAGUUUUUCAGUAGUGCAGUAAUUGGUUUAUUACUAUCUUGAUCCUGAUAACAACUCUGUUAAGUAGAUACCAUUGUCCCAGUUUACAGAUGAGGAAAUUUAGAUAUAGAGCUGUGUGUAGUAACUUUACCUUGGAGCACCUGACUCCUAGUCUAGCAUUCAGACCACCUUACUAUGCCAGUACUGCAUGGCUGCCAAGUAGAUAUUCCUAAUGCAUAGGUUUGGUCCCAUCAAUUACUCUCUAGCUAAAGAAGCUUCAGUGGUUUUACCUGUUGCCUCUAUAAUAAAAUAUACUCUUUUGACAUUUAAAACUUAUGAUGAUUGGUUCAAACCUACCUUCCCAGUACACUUUACAUCUCAUGAACUGUGCAUUACAUGCAAACUUGCCUAGUUGAUGUUCCUCAUUUCUGACAUUCUAUUACCCUGACUUGCACAAGUUGUUACCAGGCGUUCUUCCUCUUCUCUAUCUUGCCAUCCCUAUUCCUCUUCAAGCUCAAGUGCUACCUCUUAUAAAUUCAGUUGUUAGUUUGUUUUAUAUUUACUUCUAUUUGUAAGUUUUGCUUUCCCCCUCAGUAGAAUGUAAGGUCCUUGAGUGCAGAGAUUGCUUUUCUUGUCCUUGUAUCAAUACUGAGCCUAAUAUUUGAUAUCUGCUGAGUACUUAUUAAUAAAUGUUGCUUAACUUAGUUGUAUACUUCAGGUAAUUUAGCCAUUCCCCAAUUGUACAGAAAGAUUGUUUUUAAUUUUUCAUUAUUUUUUUUUAAACCCUUCCAUCUUGGAGUCAAUACUGUUUAUUGACUCCAAGGCAGAAGAGUGGUAAGGGAUAGACAAUGGGAGUCAAGUGACUUGCCCAGGGUCACACAGCUGGGAAGUGUCUGAGGCCAGAUUUGAACCCAGGACCUCCCAUCUCUAGGCCUGGCUCUCAAUCCACUGAGCCACCCAGCUGCCCCCUUAAUUUUUCAUUAUUACAGAUAAAGCAGUUAUUGUUUUCAUGCAGCACAUAACUAAAAAAUAAAUUUUUAUUGAUAUCUUUCAUUCUCACAUUUUCUAAAUUAUCUCUUCUUUCCCCUCCUUUUCUUGAAGAAGGGGAAGGAAAGAAAUAAGCACUUAAUAUAGUGGAUAUUGUGUGUCAGGCAUUAUUCUAAGUACUUUAAAGAAAUAUCUUAUUUUAUCCUCAUAACAGUCUUGCAAGGUAAGUACUAGUUUUGUCUCCAUUUGACAGUUUAGGAAACUGAAGCAUAAAGGUGAAGUGACUUGUCUAGGAGUCACACAGCUAGCAAGUAAAUGAGGCUGGAGUUGAACUCAGUUCUUCCUGAUUCUGGUUCAGCACUCUGUCCAUUGUGUUAUAUUUUUCCCAGAGAGCCUUCUCUCAUAAUGGAAAAAAAAUUUUUUUAAGAAAAAGAAAGAAAAAAGAUAUUAGCAAAAUACAUUGAGAAAAUCUUCCCCAGUAAAUAAAUGGUCAAAGUAUAUAAAAAGGUAUUUUUUAAAGGAAGAAAUCCAAGCUAUCAGCAAUCAAUAGAAUGCUCUAAAUCAUUAUUUGUGAAAUGCAAAUUAAGGCUAUUUUGUUGGUAAAAAAAAUGAAGGACCAAAAAUAACAUGAGGUGAUGGAUUAAGGGAAGAGCAGCACCUCUGAUAGAUGUGAGGGUUUGCCGAACCCUUUUCAGGGCUGCUCAUUUUGUUGUCCAUUUAUCACUCAGCUCUUUUUAUCAUUUAUUACUUAGUGGCUCCAAGAAACUAAAUUGUGUCAGUAAAGUGGCUUGUAGACCAGUUGACCGUAACUUUCAGGCCUCAAUUCCAUUGGUGAGUUUAAGGGUCUACUAUACAUACAUCUUUAUCAACCGUGCAAAGAUGACAAAAGAGGAAAAUGACAGAUGUUGGAGGGGCUGUGGAAAAACAGAUACAAGAAUAUAUUAGUGCAUGGUUGGAGGAUAUGUGAAUUUGUCCACAAAUUCUGGAAAGCAGUUUGGAGCUAUGUCCACAAAGUUAUCCAACUGUAUAUACCCUUUGACCUGACAAUAAUGCUACUAGGACUAUAUAUUCCAAAGAAAUAAAAAAAAAAGAUGAAAAAUAUAUGUAGAAAAAACAUUUAUAGAAAUUCUUUUCAUAGCUGGCAAACAUUGGAAGCUAAGAAGGUGUCUUCCUGUUGGGGAAUAGCUAAACAAAUUGUGGUAUAUUAAUGUAAUGAAAUAUUAUGUCAUAAAUGAUGAGAUGGACAAUUAAAGAGAAAACUGAGAAGACCUUUAUGAAUUGAUGCAGUUAAGUGAAUGAAACUGGAACAAUUAAUAUGAUAACAUAAGAAAUUUGAACAACAAUAACAGAUGGGUCCAAAAAAAAAAGACAAAGCACAUCACUCACCUUAUAAAGAGAUGAACUUAAAAUGCUUGAAGAGACAUGGCUACUAUUAAAAAAUUGACAUAACUAAUGUGGUAAUUUUUUUGCUGGACUAUGUAGCUAUUGGUAUUUGUUUUUCAGGAUUUAAAAAAUAAUUGCUUAAUGAGGAUAGUAUGGGAAAGGAUGUUAUUAAAACAGUAGAACUUGUUAUUUGAAAAUUGAAAGUAAACUGUUAUAGGAAGGUGAAAAAAGAAAAGGAAAAUCUUGAUUAUACUGUAUAUAACUUUUGCAUACUUCCUUUUAAUAACCCUCUGAGGCUGGGAUAUUUAUUAAUUUAGAGACCACUAUAUAUUGCCAAAUUGCUUUUCAAAAAGUUUCCUCCAAACUCCUUUAAUAUUAAAUAUCAUUUGAAGCUGUUUUUUGGACAAUUGGAUGGAUGUCAACAUUCUUCUAAGUUACUAGGCCUGUUAAGAGGAAAUGCCUUUUUACUACCUGAAGGUAACAUUUAGCUAACAGUCUGUAAUUUGAUUAGCUAAAUGCAAAAUGCCAGGAUUUUAGAAACUAAGUUAAGAAGUUUAGUUAAAGUUAAUUGUAAUUGAAGACUAGGAAUAAUUCAAUUUAAUUAAGUACAUUUGUAUUAAGGUCUAGUGAAUCUAAUAGUUUUCACUCUCAUGGAUCCUGCUGCAUCCAUAACACCAAGGGGAUAAUGAAUUGUUAAACUGUUACACCAGUGCCACUGGCAUUUUUCAUUAGUUGUUGUUUAUAUUUUUGUUUGCUACUAGAGAUUUAAUCUUUUGGUUUGAAAGUAGGUAUUAAUAUCUGCCUUACUGCCUCAUAUCACUGUCUUAGUUUUGACAACUAAGAAAGCUAUAUCUAACUGACAUCAUAUUCCCUCAUUAUAGAUAUUACAAAUUAGGUUAUAAGACCAAAAUCUUAAAGCAUAUACCCAAAUAAACCAGUAAUAAAUCAUGUUUUCUUCUGCAUUUCUACUCCAAUAGUUCUUUAAAUGUGGAUAGCAUUCCUUUUCAUAAGACCCUCAGAAUUGUCCUGGAUCAUUGUAUUCUUGUUACUAGCAAGGUCUGUUAUAUUUGAUCAUCCCACAAUGUUUCUGUUACUGUGUAUGAUGUUCUCCUGUUUCUGCUUAUUUCACUAUGCAUCAGUUCUUGUAGGUCUUUCCAGUUCUUUUUGAAAUCAUUCUGUUCACCAUUCCUUAUAGUACAAGCAUUUCAUCACUAUCAUAUACCAUGAUUUGUUCAACCAUUCCCCAAUUGAGGGACAUUCCCAUAGUUUCCAUUUUUUUGCCACCACAAAAAGCACAGCUAUAAAUAUUUUUGUACAAAUAGGUUAUAAUAGUAAUUAUUUUUAAUGUCAGUAAACAUUUAUUAAGCUCCUUUUAUGUGACAGGCACUGGACUAAGGGAUGAGGAUACAAAACAAGGUUAAAGACAUUCCUUGUUGUCAAGGAGUUCACAGUCCAAUGGAGGAGAUAACAUUUAAACAACUAUGUAUAAAUAAGCUUUAUUCAAGAAUAAAUUGGAAAUAAUCAACAGAGGGUAACUACUAGAAUUAAGGGAUUAGGAAAGAUUUCCAAAGAAAGGUUGGGUUUUACCUGGGACUGAAUGGAAGCCAGGAAGCAUAGAUGAUGUGGGAGAGCAUUCCAAGCUUAGGAGAAUAGCCACUGGAAAUGACUAGAAUUGGGAGAUCAGAGUGACUUACUUGAGGAAAAGCAAAGAGAUCAAUAUCACUGAAUCACAAAUUAGGGAGAUUGGGUGUGUUUGGUGAAAGAACACUGGAAAGUUUGGGGGCACCUAGGUGGCUGAGUGAAUUGAGAGCCAGACCUAGAGAUGGGAAGUCGUAGGUUCAAAUUUGGCCUCAGACAUGUCCUAGCAGUAUGAACUUGGGCGGUUAAGGUUAAAAAAAACAAAAAGACUGGAAAGGUCAGGGUGGGGAGGCAGGUUAUGUAGGCCUUUGUAUGCCAAACAGGUUUUUAUAUUUGACCCUGGAGGUGAUAGGGAGCUGUGCUGUAAGAUCAUUUGGCAGCUGAAUGGAGGAUGAAUUGUAGUGGGGAGAGACUUGAGACAGAGAAACUAAUGUAAGAGGCCUGGCAUCAGGUGAUAAAGGCUUGUACCACAUUUGUGGCAGUACCAGAGGAAAGAAGGGAGUUUAUACAAAAGAUUUUAGAAAGGCAAAACUGACAGGUCUUGGGAACACAUUGGACAUAGAGGUUGAGAGAGAAUGAAGAACUGAGGAUGAUACUUGGGUUGCCUUCAACAGUAAUGGGAUUUUUCUGAAGAGGAUGGCUUGGAACUGGGAAUGCUAAAUUUAAUUUUGGACCUGAGUGUAGGAUGUCUUUGGGAUAUUCAAUUUGGAGGUCAUCAGAGAAGCUGUCUAGAUUCCUAGAGUUGAGAAUCAUCAGCAGAGAGAUGAUGAUGAAAUCUAUAGUAGUUAAUGAGAUCACCAGGAGAAAAAUAGUAUAGAGGAAGAGAGGCUCAAACAUGAUCUCGUUGAAGAUCCAAUAAAGGAGACCUAGGAAGGGUGAGAUAGGUUGGAAGAGAACCAGGAGAGAGAAAUUUAAUGAAAACCUAGGAAGAAGACUAUAUCAAGGAGAAUAGGGUGAUUGAUAGUAAUCAGAGGUUUCAGAGAAUUCAAGAAGAAUGAAUAUUGAGAAAAGGCUGUUAGAUUUGGCAGUUAAAGGUUUGGUUUACACUACUAGGUCUGUAUCUCAAAGAGAUUUUUUAAAAAUGGAAAAGGACCUGCUUGUACAAAAAUGUUUAUAGCUAUUCUUUUUGUGGUGGCAAAGCAUUGGAAAUUGAAGGGAUGUCCAUCAUUUGGGGAAUGGCUGAACAAAUUGUGGUAUAUGAUGGUGAGGGAAUACUAUUUUACUGUAAGGAAUGAUGAACAGGAUGGUUUUGGAAAGAAUUGGAAAGAUCUACAUGAACUGUUGCAGGUUGAAAUAAGUAGAACCAGGAAAAUAUUGUACACAGCAGAAGUGAUAGUGAUACUAUCAACUGUGAUAGACUUAGCUACUCUCAGCAAUACAAUGAUCCAGGACAAUUCUGAGGAACUUAUGAAGAAUGUUCUCCACCAGAGAAAGAGCUGUUGGAGUAGGAAUGCAGAUGAAAGCAUAUGAUUUUUCACUUGUUUAUUUUGGUCUAUGUUUUAGGGUUUUGAUUUAAAUCAUAUGGAAAUAAAAAAUGAAAGUUUGGUUGAAUGACAAGGUUGAAAAGCAAACUGUAAAGAAUUAUGAACAGAGUGAGAGGAAAGGAAGUGAAGGUAUCCAAUAUGGACAGCCUUUCCCAGUUUAGCCAUAAGAGGAGAGAGGAUAUAAUUACAACUUUUGGAAUGACUGGAUCUAGUGAAUGCCUUUCUGAGGAUGGAGGAAGACAUGGGCACAUUUGUGCCUAGGCAAAAGGGAGGGAUUUUGAAAAUAUUGAGAAAGUGGGAAUACUAGCGUGGGAAGACAGGAUGACUUGGAACACUUGUGCAUGUAAGGACUUGAUUUGUCAAAGUAAACCAUGCAAAUGAUUAUGUGAGAGGGGAUAGUGACAAAGACCUCUGGGUACUGUGAGAGUAUAGCAGGGAGCUCCCAGUAAAUAGCCUCAAUUUUUUUCAAGUAAAAAAUGAGACUCCAGGUUCCCAGCUGAGAGCUUGGGGUAAAGCAUGGGAGAUGUGAGGAGGGAUGAAAAGUUUUAGAAUAACUACUGUGGUGAAUGGGAUAAUGAGUCAACAGAUUACCUUGCAGAAGUAAGGCCCCUGAUGAGGUGACAAAGCAUAAAUUUGUAAUGAACCCAGUUAGUAUAGUUUUAUAAUUUUUUUCCAGCUUUGUUCAGCGAUAAAUAUUAAGGAGCAAAGGUCAAAAUGUUCAAAGGUUGAGAUUUGAGAGGUGAGUGAAAAGGGAUUGUCUUGGGGUCCCACUUGAUACAAACACUUCAUGCAAAUAUGUUUCUAAAUGUUUUUGUUUCAGUCUUUCUAACUGACUUUUAGUUAAUGUGGCUCUCUUUGUACUUGGCUCCUUGUCAUUAAGAUUCUUAUUAUUUGGGUCAAAGGGAUUCCUAAAAAGGAAGUAAUGCCUAUGAGAAACAACAUGCUAUAUGGAUGAUGUCCUGGCUGACCUGGAGGACCAGGCAUUGGUUUGCAUUCUGGCCCUGCUAUAGAUUCCUGCAUGACCUUAAGCAAUUUUCUUAAUUCCCUUUCUUUUCUGUAAGUGAACAAAUGAUUUUUUAAGUUUUGUGAUCCUAUAAUGUAAAGACAGCUAUUAAUUUAGACUUUCCCCUUUACAUCAGUAAUUCCUUUUUUAGGGGUUCUCAUUCUCAGAAAUCUGGGUCUUUGCUUCAUCAAUACCAUUUUUUUGGUGCCUGAGAAUUCAAUGAGAAUUGUUCUCUUAACAGUUUGUCUUAGUGAAGUGAAAGAAUUUUCUCACCUGUCCCAUAGCUCAGGGCUAUUUAUUGGAAUUCCUACAGAGUUGAAGGUGACUUGUAGUCCCUGAAGUCAUAUACUGUUUUAUGGAAUUCUUUCAUUACUCUAUCAUCAUCUUUCAGAGAGGAAAACUGUAAGGCUUCUUUGUUUUUUUAUUUUCGUAAAAACUAUUUGGGAUAAAAUGGUUUGGUUGAGAUAGCAUUUUUUUUAAAGCAUGAAGGAAAUAGUGAAAUUAUGCUCAGCUGUUUCUAUAACAUGCUAUUGUGAAUUAUUAUACUUAAAGUUCUGAGGUGGAUAUUUAACAAUUAGAUGCAGAAGGAAGUGUUCAUGCUUUCCUCACCAUUUUGGAAGAAUGGGGCGAAGAUAACAUACUUUCUGGAAUCCCAAAAAUCUUUCUUGCCUUUCUUUUUCCAGUUUUCUAGGUUGCUGACUGCCAGCUGGCUGAAAUCGGUCUGCCUUUGUGAAGGCUGCCUUCAGUAGAAGAUGGAAAUGUUCAUGUUCAGGUGUCAAAGCACUUGCUGAGUACCACAUGCUGUUGAUAUGCUUACUGCAGUGAUUUAUGAUUCCUAGAAAUUUAUGCCUUUGAUCUAGCUGUCAUCAAGAUAAGGAAACUGAGACUCAAGCCACUUGCCUAAGGUCACAGUUAGUGUUGGAGAUAGAGCUUUAAGUGAUUGUUGAAUGGAAUUGGUAUCAGAAUCUAGAUUUUUUGAAACAGUGGGGUUGUUGGAGUGGUUGGAUUUUUCCUGGAAUUGAGUGAGAAAUUCAGAAGACUGAAGCCCAGGCUCACUGUCUACCUUUCACGGAGGCCCAGCCGUGAGAGGACAGAAGAAGGCACGUGGCGAAUCAUGACAGCUGACAAAGAGAAGGAUAAAGACAAAGAAAAGGACCGGGACCGUGAUAGGGACCGUGAAAGAGAAAAGAGGGACAAAGCAAGAGAGAGUGAAAACUCCAGACCUAGGCGAAGCUGCACUUUGGAAGGUGGAGCCAAGAAUUAUGCAGAAAGUGAUCACAGUGAAGAUGAGGACAAUGACAAUAACAGUGCCACCACAGAGGAAUCUGCAAAGAAGAACAAAAAGAAGCCUCCUAAAAAGAAAUCUCGUUAUGAAAGGACAGAUACUGGGGAGAUAACAUCAUUUAUUACUGAAGAUGAUGUUGUCUAUAGACCGGGAGACUGUGUGUAUAUUGAGAGUCGUCGGCCAAACACUCCUUAUUUCAUCUGUAGUAUUCAAGACUUCAAACUGGUUCACAACUCCCAGGCCUGUUGCAGAUCUCCAACUCCUGCUCUGUGUGACCCCCCAGCAUGCUCUCUACCGGUGGCAUCACAGCCACCACAUCACCUUACUGAAGCCGGGAGAGGGCCUGUAGGGAGCAAGAGGGACCAUCUUCUUAUGAAUGUCAAAUGGUACUAUCGUCAAUCUGAAGUUCCUGAUUCAGUCUAUCAGCAUUUGGUUCAAGACCGGCACAAUGAAAAUGAUUCUGGACGAGAACUUGUCAUUACAGAUCCAGUCAUCAAGAAUCGAGAGCUCUUCAUUUCCGAUUAUGUUGAUACUUACCAUGCUGCUGCUCUUCGAGGGAAGUGUAAUAUCUCCCAUUUUUCUGACAUAUUUGCUGCCAGAGAGUUUAAAGCUCGUGUGGAUUCAUUUUUUUAUAUAUUGGGAUAUAAUCCAGAGACAAGGAGACUGAACAGCACCCAGGGGGAAAUCCGUGUUGGACCCAGUCAUCAGGCCAAACUUCCAGAAUUGCAACCAUUUCCUUCCCCAGAUGGUGACCCUGUGACCCAACAUGAAGAACUGGUUUGGAUGCCUGGAGUUAAUGACUGUGACUUACUUAUGUACUUGAGGGCAGCAAGGAGCAUGGCGGCUUUUGCGGGAAUGUGUGAUGGAGGUUCUACUGAGGAUGGCUGUGUCGCUGCCUCUCGGGAUGACACCACACUCAAUGCACUCAACACACUACAUGAAAGCAACUAUGAUGCUGGAAAAGCUCUACAGCGCCUGGUAAAGAAACCUGUGCCCAAACUGAUUGAGAAGUGCUGGACUGAAGAUGAGGUGAAACGCUUCAUUAAGGGGCUCAGACAGUACGGCAAGAACUUCUUCAGGAUCCGAAAGGAGCUGCUUCCCAAUAAGGAAACGGGAGAGUUAAUCACCUUUUAUUACUAUUGGAAGAAAACCCCUGAAGCUGCCAGCUCCCGGGCCCAUCGCAGACACCGCAGACAGGCUGUGUUUCGGAGGAUCAAAACUCGAACAGCUUCUACUCCGGUCAACACUCCCUCAAGGCCCCCCUCCAGUGAAUUCUUGGACUUGAGUUCUGCCAGUGAAGAUGAUUUUGACAGCGAGGACAGUGAACAGGAGCUGAAGGGUUACGCUUGUCGUCACUGCUUCACCACUACCUCCAAAGACUGGCACCACGGUGGCCGAGAAAACAUCUUGUUGUGCACUGACUGUCGAAUCCACUUCAAGAAGUACGGUGAACUUCCUCCCAUUGAGAAGCCUGUGGACCCUCCCCCCUUUAUGUUCAAACCUGUCAAAGAGGAAGAGGAUGGACUCAGUGGAAAGCAUAGCAUGAGGACCCGACGCAGUCGUGGCUCGAUGUCUACACUACGUAGUGGCCGUAAGAAGCAACCUGCUAGCCCGGAUGGUAGAGCCUCACCUAUCAAUGAAGACAUCCGCUCUAGUGGCCGUAACUCUCCUAGUGCUGCCAGUACCUCAAGCAAUGACAGUAAAACAGAUUCUGUGAAGAAAUCCACCAAGAAGAUAAAGGAGGAAGCAUCUUCACCUCUCAAGAGCACCAAGCGUCAGCGCGAAAAAGCAGCAUCGGAUUCCGAGGAGCCUGAGAGGACCAAUGCCAAGAAGUCCAAAACUCACAGCCCUCAGGAGAUCAGCCGGCCCAAUUCCCCAUCGGAGGGUGAGGGAGAAGGAGAGAGUUCAGACAGUCGCAGUGUUAACGAUGAAGGCAGCAGCGACCCCAAGGACAUUGACCAAGACAAUCGCAGCACAUCCCCCAGCAUCCCCAGUCCUCAGGACAAUGAGAGUGACUCAGAUUCCUCUGCCCAACAGCAAGUGGUGCAGGCUCCCAGCGGUCCUGCCCAGACCGCCCCCUCCACCCCUCCAGGGGCAGCCCAGCUCCCAACUCCAGGGCCCACAGCAGCUAGUGCUCCAUCCGCACCCCCUCAGGUUUCACCAUCAGUAUCUCAGCCACCUGGCCAGCCUCAGGCUCCUGUUCCAUCUCCAGCCCACUCCCAUAUCCAGCAGGCCCCAGCUCUGCAUCCACAAAGACUUCCCUCCCCACACCCACCUUUGCAACCCUUGAGUGUAGCACAGAACCAGCCCCAAGCUCCUGCCUCCUCCCAGUCCCAUCCACAGCCCCCCCUCCAUGGCCAGGUACCUCCCGGACCUCACAGCCUGCAGGCACAGCCUCUCUUGCCACAUCCAGGACCGCCACAACCUUUCCCUCUUGCCCCUCAGUCUUCUCAGUCUCAGGUUCCACUCCCAGCAACCCAGGCUCCUGCCCAUCCUCAUGGCUCCUUACAGGUCCAAGCCUCUCAGCCAUCCCUACAGCCUCCUCAGCCUCCAAGAGAACAGCCUCUUCCUCCUGCCCCCAUGGCAAUGCCUCACAUCAAACCCCCUCCCACCACUCCUAUCCCACAGCUGCCCACCCCCCAAUCCCACAAGCACCCACCUCAUCUCUCAGGACCUUCUCCUUUCUCCAUGAACUCCAAUUUGCCACCACCUCCUGCUUUGAAACCCCUGAGUUCACUGUCCACACAUCACCCCCCCUCAGCCCACCCUCCUCCUCUACAGCUGAUGCCCCAGAGUCAGCCACUGCAGUCGUCUCCAGCUCAGCCCCCAGUUCUGACUCAAAGUCAGAGCCUCCCGCCAGUGGCCAGCCACGCCCCGUCAGGUCUUCACCAGGUCCCCCCCCAGCCUCCAUUUCCUCAGCACCCCUUUGUGCCUGGAGGCCCUCCUCCCAUCACUCCCCCGUCCUGCCCUUCCACUUCCACCCCGCCAUCUGGGCCAAGUGCUCCAUCCCAGCCCUCCUGUUCCACGCCUGGGACCUCUAGUGGAAAUGUCCCCGUAGUGACCUCCUGCGCCAUCCCACCCAUCCAGAUCAAGGAGGAGGCGCCCGAUGAAACUGAGGAGCCUGAAAGCCCCCCUCCCCCACCCCGAAGCCCUUCCCCUGAACCCACUGUAGUGGAUACUCCAAGCCACGCCAGCCAGUCUGCAAGAUUCUACAAACACUUGGACCGGGGCUACAACUCAUGUGCACGAACUGACCUUUACUUCAUGCCCCUCUCGGGGUCCAAACUUGCCAAGAAGAGGGAGGAGGCGAUUGAAAAGGCCAAACGAGAGGCAGAGCAGAAGGCACGAGAAGAGAGAGAACGAGAAAAGGAGAAAGAAAAGGAGAGAGAGCGCGAACGGGAGCGCGAACGAGAAGCCGAGCGAGCCUCGCAGAAGGCAUCCAGCUCCUCGCAUGAAAGCCGGCUCAGUGACUCUCAGCUCAGUGGCCCGGCCCAUAUGCGGCCCUCCUUUGAGCCCCCUCCGACCACCAUUGCUGCUGUCCCACCGUACAUUGGGCCCGACACACCUGCACUUCGGACUCUUAGUGAAUACGCUCGACCCCACGUGAUGUCACCCACCAACCGCAACCACCCUUUCUUUGUUCCCCUCAACCCCACGGAUCCCCUCCUGGCCUAUCACAUGCCCGGCCUCUACAACGUGGAUCCCACCAUCCGGGAGCGGGAGCUCCGAGAGCGGGAGAUCCGGGAGCGGGAGAUCCGGGAGCGGGAGCUCCGGGAGAGGAUGAAGCCGGGCUUUGAGGUGAAGCCCCCCGAGCUGGAUGCCCUGCACCCAGCCACCAACCCUAUGGAGCACUUUGCUCGGCACGGUGCCCUCACGAUACCUCCUACUGCAGGACCUCACCCUUUUGCUUCCUUCCACCCGGGGCUGAACCCCCUGGAGAGGGAGAGACUCGCCCUGGCUGGUCCCCAACUGCGGCCUGAAAUGAGCUAUCCUGAUAGACUGGCGGCCGAGAGAAUCCAUGCUGAGCGAAUGGCCUCCCUGACUAACGAUCCCCUGGCCCGGCUGCAGAUGUUUAAUGUGACGCCCCAUCACCACCAGCACUCACACAUACACUCACAUCUUCAUCUCCAUCAGCAGGAUCCUUUACAUCAGGGUUCAGCAGGUCCCGUGCACCCACUGGUAGAUCCCCUGGCAGCUGGCCCUCAUCUGGCCCGGUUCCCUUAUCCCCCUGGCACCCUCCCCAACCCUCUGCUUGGACAGCCACCCCAUGAGCAUGAGAUGCUUCGCCAUCCAGUUUUCGGUACCCCAUAUCCCCGAGACCUGCCUGGUGCCAUCCCGCCUCCAAUGUCAGCAGCCCACCAGCUACAGGCCAUGCACGCUCAGUCUGCCGAGCUGCAGAGAUUGGCGAUGGAGCAGCAGUGGCUGCAUGGGCACCCCCACAUGCAUGGCGGGCAUUUGCCAAGUCAGGAAGAUUAUUACAGUCGGCUGAAGAAAGAAGGUGACAAGCAGUUAUAAGAAGUUAUUUAUUUGUAACAGCGGAAACCCCAGGUGAUGGGGGAAGAGAUGGGAUUUUUUACAUACAAUAGGAGCUGCAAAAGCAAAGAGAAUAUCUUCUGAAGAUUUCUUUAUCUAUUUAAAAAAACCCGCAACUGAAGACUUUUCAGCAUACUAAUGUUCAUUGGUAGAGAGGAUGCCUCCGGGCUGAUUCAGGUCUCCCUGCAUGACAGCCUCCUCGGGAGCUUAGUGAGGCCUGGACUAGGCGGAACGUUCAGAAAACUUGCCUGCAAUCUUGGCGUUUGGUUUCAUGUUUUCUUUUUCUUCCUUAACUUCACAGUAGGUGCUAGAUCCAGCUCACACCCAUCACUGUGCGUGCGGAGACAGUUAAGACAUAUUCUUUAAAAACAAAAAACAAAUAGAAAACACCAGGAUUGCAGAUAGGUGGUAGCAUAUGAGUUUGGAACCCAAGAACUAUAAUAAAAAUCUACUUUUAUUUUAAUACAUUGUAGGAAAUCUUCAUAAUUUGACAGAGAGCUCAGUUCUGCAGCAUGGCUUUUUAAGUCUGUAAAUAUAAUAAUUUUAAAACAGAAACAACCGUUUUUUUCUUCCACAAACUACUAUUCUGAUAUAUUUUUUUCCAGCCACGUCACUAAUCGUGAAUUCCUACCAGCUAUUAACAAGAGUUGAUUUUUUAAUAAAAAAAAUAUAUAUAUAUAAAAUUAUCCCUUUAAUUAAAGGGAAGAGAUGGGUGUUACUAAUUUAAAAAGGGAAAAAGCUUGGAAUUUGAUUUGAUGGCAGCAGUGAGCAUCACAGGGUUUGCAGGGAUAACGUUACAAGCUGUUUCUCCAUGUUUUUCCUUGAUUGUCAUUUUGUUUUUGUUUUGUUUUGUUUUGGAAGUGUGCUUGGCCAAUGAUGCAGACAUCCACUGAAUGAACCUCUUCCCUUUGCAACAGAAAUGCAGGAAUCAAAUCUACUUUGUUUGCCUUGAUGUUAAUGGUUAUUUGUCUUUCUUUGAGGGAUAAGAUAUAUGGGUACAAAAACUUAGCACACAUUUUGAUUGUUAUGGUAAAUGAACUAAUUUUUCUAGGACUUUCCCUUAAAAUUUCAGACAAUGUGGGAUUUGGUACCAAAAAAAAUUUGUAUGUGUAUGCUAUGUGUGUGUGUGUGUGUGUGUGUGUACAUAUAUAAUCCAAAUAUAUAUGUGUGUGUGUCUUUAUAUAUACACACACACGUAUUAUUCAGACAACUUAAUAUUUGAAAGAUAGGCUGUGCAUUUGAUUCUGGGUUUUUUGUUUUGUUAUUUGUUUGUUUUUUAAGAAAGAGUACAUAAUUAAAAUGCUAAGACAUUGGGAUUUUAAAGGAUAGACCUAAAUUGCCACUCCCACAUUCCUUGGGAAUAUUAUUGCCAUAGGUGUGGACGACAUUUGGGUGGAUCAGGACCUUGGAUUUAAUAAGAUAAAUAGAUGGGGGCAACAUUGUAUUUUUGACUCAAAGAGCAGCUACCCAGAUCAGACUUGGAGAGCCAUUUGUGGCUCAUCUUUUAUCACUGGGCCAUCGAAUGUUCAGGGGAUCCAGUUGUCUGAAGUAAAGCUAUCUAGGAUCACCUCCCUCCAUUUGUGUUAUUUUGCUCACACAAUGCACUUUGACUGAAGUCAAGGGUUGGGCAAGUUCAGGGGAUGUUUGCUUCUGUUGGCCAUGUUUUCCAUUGGUGCAAAACUUGUUCCGUUCUUUUUCUCUCAAACUCUUGAGGGCUAUAUCUCUGCCGUUUAAACUGUUCUAUGUGGUGGUCAUGUCAUAAGACUCUCUUGGACCAUGGUAGAUGAACUUGGAGUUAAUCAUUCAGGCUUUUUAGGAAUACACGACAUGCCCAGUGCUUAGGCCACUGUGCCCAGCAGGAAAAGAAACCAGUGUUCUGUUGCAGAAACCAGUAGCGCUAUUGGGUAGAGUUAUUACCUCCACUUCAGUUCUGGAUUAAAACCUGCAUCAGGGGCAAUUCCAGUUUCUUUAUAUCCAGAUGUUUAAAGCCUGCAUUUCAAUUGGGCUUAAUAGGUUGUUUCUGUUCAACAAGUUUUUUGCUUUUCUUUUCUCUCAUUCCAUGCCUGCCUUAACCCCCAGCUGCUUAAUGGUAGAGGUUCCUUGGCUAACUCAUUCACAUUCAGAAGUGGCCAGUUAGGGACAGGGCCUUUGAAAGCUAAUCUGAUGGUGAUAUCACAAUGUCUUGUCCUGCUGUGCACGAGCAAGUCCACCUCAAAAUGUAGGGGGAAUGAAGAACACUGGACUGCCGCCUCUUCCAUCCCUCAUUUCACGUGUCUUUUUUUCCUUUGGGAUCUAAGAUGGUGACUGUUAAAUUAAUUCUGCUCCCUCACCCCCACCCCCAUCCACUCUUUCCCAAUCUCCCAAAGAAAAGAGAGUUCAGUGGUUUUUAAUCUUUUUUUUUUUAAUAGAUGUCAUGAGUUUUCCUUUUGCAAUUCAGCAUUUUAUUAAUUGUGUCGGAACCUGUGUCCUCAGCAUCCCAAGGUGAAGCAUUGAGAUUUAUUCUAAUAAAUCAGCUCAUUAACUAUGGUUUCUUGAUGAUGGCUUCCAGGAACCAUCUUGGUGUGUUGGACGCCCUUUUGCAGUGACCCAGACACAUGCUUUCCUUUGGGAUUCAUUCGCCCUCUUUUCAGUUGAAGUUUGUUUUUUGUUUCGUUUUUGUUUUGUGUUUCAAACGUAUCUUGUUCAAUGUCGUCAAGGUCGAGCUUCUUGUUUUGCGACCUCACAUGCAGUGUCCACUCUGAUUUGCUACAUUUAUAUAUAUCUGGAAGCUUAAUGUACAUAUGAGUAGUUUGCCAUGAGAUAACACAGUGUAAACAGAGUAGAAACCCAGAAAUCGUGACUUCUGUGUUCUCUCCAUUUGAGUAUUUUGUAAUUUUUUUGAAAUAUUUGUGGACAAAUAAAACCAAGCUACACUACAGAA